AGGGGAGAGAGAGAGAGAGAGAGCGUUUUGGUGCGUGACUGCGUGUGAAGCCAAAAAGGGCAAAAUACUAGACCGUACGACGGUCUCUUUUAGAGAGAAAGCAAUUAAGCUUCUCCAUCACUGUGAAGAAACCGUCGCCGCUCUCUCUCUCCUCCUUCCCUCACACUCUCUUCAACUCGAUCGAGCUUCUCCGAUCCUUCUAGGCCUCUCUAGAAGGGCGGUGGGAUUCCUGUACAGCUCUCCCUUUCCUCCUUCACCUAUUCCCCACAGUUGCUGCAGGUGUACAGAAACCCAACACUCGUCGUUUUGUGAUGGACUUGUACGGACGAAGCCCCGCCAGAAACGGGUCGAACCAGGAAUGGAGCCCCGCCGCCGGUGAGACCGGCCUCGAAGGGUUUUGGGUUUGGUUUGGUAAUGUGGGGGGGUGUGAUUGGGGUUUUGUUCUGAUUUGGGGGUAAAUUGUAGAGCAAAUGUGGCAAUUGGGGUUGACGAGCAGCGAAUCGUACCCGGAGCGACCCGCCGUGCCCAAUUGUGUUUACUACAUGCGAACCGGGUUCUGUGGAUAUGGUGGUCGGUGCCGGUACAAUCAUCCUCGUGAUCGUGCCGCUGUCGUGGCAGCUGUAAGAGCUACGGGGGACUACCCAGAGAGAGCGGGGGAACCUAUAUGUCAGUAUUAUUUAAAGACUGCGACCUGUAAAUUUGGCGCAUCCUGCAAGUUCCACCAUCCAAAACAUGGAGCUGGAUCCUUAAGCCGAGCUUCCCUAAAUAUCUAUGGAUACCCAUUACGACCGGGUGAGAAUGAAUGCUCCUACUAUUUGAAAACGGGGCAAUGCAAAUUUGGCACAACCUGUAAAUUCCAUCACCCGCAGCCUGCUGGAACAGCAAUACCGGCUUCUGCACCUCAAUUUUAUCCGUCGGUGCAGUCUCCUUCUGUUCCUUUGGCAGAACAGUAUGGGGGGGCAUCCACCAGUUUGAGGGUGGCUAGGCCUCCACUAUUACCUGGAUCAUAUGUGCAAGGGGCGUACGGUCCUGUCUUAAUUCAACCAGGAGUUGUUCCUAUUCAGGGUUGGAGUCCUUAUUCGGCACCUCUUAGUCCUGUACUAUCACCUGGAGCUCAACACACAGUUGGAGCAACUUCUUUAUAUGGAGUAACACAGCUAUCUUCUCCAACACACGGACUUGCAAGACCUUAUACCUCCAUACCCUCUUCUAUUGGUCCUUCUAGCAGCAACCCGAGUGAACAAGUUUUCCCAGAGAGGCCUGGCGAACUUGAAUGCCAGUACUAUCUGAAAACUGGGGACUGUAAAUAUGGAGCAUCUUGUAGGUAUCAUCAUCCUCGGGAUCGAACUAUACCAAGGAUAACUUGUCUCCUUAGCCCGAUGGGUCUCCCACUCCGUCCGGGAGUGCAACCGUGUACAUUCUACCUGCAAAAUGGUCAGUGCAAGUUUGGAUCUACAUGCAAAUUCGAUCAUCCAGUGCAGACCAUGAGGUACAACCCCUCAGUUUCAUCUCUCGUUGAUAUGCCUGUUGCUCCGUAUCCGGUUGGGUCUCUGCUGGCCACCCUGGCUCCAUCAUCCUCAUCAUCAGAUCUUCGGCCCGAAUUACUUUCAGCUUCCAAAAUGGAUACUUACUCAGCUAGAGUGCCCUCUUCCGGGAACGCCUCAAGUAGUUCAGUUGGAUUGAUUUUUUCUCAGAGCGGUUCUGUUUCACUGUCUGAUGUGCAACUGUCCACUCAGACUUCAUCCCCUUUAAGCAAUAGCAGAAGCACGAGACCAGUUGGCGAGCUUCGUCGAUCAAGUUAAACGUAAUACCCAAAGUCAGCUUGUUCAUUAUCUCCAGGAUCGCGGUUUCACCAAGGCUCUUUCUGUUUAUAUAGACGUCGUCGGUAAAUGUAUAAUCGGGUCAAUUGUGCAAAGGGUGUCAUAUUUCGGUCUUUCAACCCAAAUCUGUUUAUCCCACACUAGUAGGAAAGGCACACACACUGUUGAUGCUUGUGUCAAUUCGAUAUUACAGGAAUCCAAUAUAAAUUCCAAAUAAAGCUGCAGUAUCGAAAUUUCCCA